AUGGCUGAAGUCGUGUCGCCUGCAGGAAUCCUCCCUCAUAUACCUGACGAUCUCACGCUUGCACAGUUCAUAUUAGAUGCGGAGCAUGUCAGAAAGCCUGUUCGUAAAAGUGGUGCAUGGAUUGUUGAUGACCAGAGUGGGAGAAAGAUUGGGCUUGAGGAGAUUAGAGCUCGGACAUAUGGUCUGGCUAAUGCGUUGAGUAUCCGCUAUAACAUCCUGUUGAUCUACAGUCCAAAUCAUGUUGAUUACCUCGUGGCUGCUUGGGCGGCUCAUAGACUUGGUGCUGCGGUGUCCGGCGCCAACCCUCUAUUCACAGUCGACGAACUCGUGUAUCAAAUAAAUGCAGUGAAAGCAGCCGUCAUCAUCACGCACCCGGACUCGCUCAAUGUGGCAUUGGCGUCUGCACACGCUGCUGGUGUAUCCGCGGAUCGCAUCAUUCUUUUUGACGUCGAGGGUGCUGAUACCAGGCAGAGGGUGACUGUGCAAGUUUUGGUUUCGCAAGGUCUUGCGAGCGUUCCGAACUUCACAGAACGGAAACUUGCUCCUGGUGAAGGGAAAACUAAGGUGGCCUUUCUGAAUUUUUCAAGCGGGACGACUGGUCGCCCGAAGGCUGUUGCAAUACCCCACUACGCGCCGAUUGCAAAUGUCAUUCAGCUUGCUACGCACCAUAAAGUCGGUGAAGAUUAUGCCGGACAAAGAUUUAAGCCUGGUGACGUAUGUUGUGCUGUGCUUCCCUUAUAUCAUAUUUAUGGACUGGUCUUCAAUACCCAUUAUGCCUUUUUCUGCGGAAUGACGGUUGUUUUAACAGCGAAAUACAACUUUCUAGAGUUCUUGAAAAACAUAAUUGGGCACCGUAUUACUCAUCUUAUGUUGGUCCCUCCACACAUUGUUCUAUUGUGCAAGCAUCCAGCCGUCAAGAGUUACGAUUUUAGUCAUGUCCGAUACGUCACCUCGGGUGCUGCGCCCCUGUCUCGUGAGGUGAUGGAGCAGCUCGUUCAGAUAUUCCCAAACGCUGACCUAGGGCAGAGCUACGGGCUUACCGAAUCGUGCACUGUUAUAAGCACUUGGGCGCUAGAUAAGGGAUGUGACUUGAGUGGUGGUGCUGGCCAACUCCUUCCUGGUAUUAUCGGCCGCGUAGAGAAACCGGAUGGUACUCUUGCAGACUUUGACGAACCUGGCGAGCUCGUCGUGAAGACGCAGGCGGUUGCGCUUGGUUAUGCAAACAACCUUGAAGCAACGAAGGAAACUUUCGUAAAUGGAUGGCUUCGUACUGGUGAUGAGGUGAAGAUGAACCGCCAGGGAGAAAUAGUAGAAAUGUUGAAGGUUCGUGGAUUCCAGGUCGCACCUGCCGAGCUCGAAGGGUGUAUUCUGGACCACUCCGACGUGACUGAUACGUGCGUGGUUGGAAUACAAGAUGAAUAUAGUGGUGAACUACCACUGGCGUUCGUCGUUCUCCGCCCUGAAGCCGCCAAACGUGUCGAAGAAAGCCCUGAAGCCGCGGACGAGAUCAAGGCGUCGAUUAUGAAGCACGUUGUUGAUAAUAAAGUUGGCUAUAAAAAGCUCGCUGGGGGUGUUGAGUUUAUUGAUGUUAUUCCGAAGAACCCGAGCGGUAAACUAUUGAGGAGGGUGCUAAGAGACAAAGCUCGAGAAAUGCGGACGAAGCCCAAAGCGAAGCUUUAA